UGGGAGCACCUCACCUCAGAACCAGAGCCACGAGAUAGAAGGAAGAGAUCCUCUUUCAUCAUGAUGGCCAAGGCUGGGGCUGCUCUCCUGACUCUUCUCCUGAUCACAACUGUUGCAACAAAAGGGCCGGCCCUGCGAGGCUCAGUGCUGGAGCUGCGGUGCCAGUGCCUCAGCACCCACUCCAGGUUCAUCCAUCCCAAGUUCAUUCGGAACGUCAACCUCACCCCCAGUGGACCUCACUGCAAGAACGUCGAAGUCAUAGCUACCCUGGCAGAUGGCAGAGAAGUGUGCCUGGACCCAGCUGCUCCCUGGGUGAAGCUGAUCAUCAAGGCAAUUCUGGACAAGGCAAAUGCCAAGCCUGAGACCAUGUCCUAAGAUGAAGACUAAAGAUGCCCUAACUCUCCUGAGAAUGCAAGAAUGGGAGAGACACUCAUCCAGCUUCUGGCAGCUCACCUCCUCCUCCCUCCUACAGUCACCUUUCUUACAGCUUCCAGAGAGCAAGGAUUCCCUGGCCCUCUAGUUAGUGGGCAACUUUAAAUCUUUUACAGCGCUUUAAAUCUUUUACA